GUCGUAGGCGCUAGCCCUGGACGCAGAGGUUUCUGGGAGUGAAGAGUUGUAAUGGCGUCUGUAUGACUUUCGGAGCCUGCUGCGUCGGACUUCGGCCAGUCAUAAAAGAUGACAACAGCAGCCAGGCCAACCUUUGAACCUGCAAGAGGUGGAAGGGGAAAAGGAGAAGGUGAUUUGAGCCAACUUUCAAAGCAGUAUUCAAGCAGAGACCUACCCUCUCAUACAAAGAUAAAAUACAGACAGACUACUCAGGAUGCCCCUGAAGAGGUUCGUAACCGUGACUUCAGGAGAGAGUUGGAAGAAAGAGAAAGAGCUGCCGCAAGAGAGAAAAAUAGGGAUCGUCCAACCCGAGAACAUACAACCUCCUCUUCAGUGUCAAAAAAGCCACGGUUAGACCAGAUUCCUGCCGCCAAUCUUGAUGCAGAUGACCCUCUAACAGAUGAGGAAGAUGAAGAUUUUGAAGAAGAAAGUGAUGAUGAUGAUACUGCAGCUCUUCUUGCAGAACUGGAAAAAAUUAAAAAAGAAAGAGCUGAAGAGCAGGCCAGGAAGGAACAAGAACAAAAAGCUGAAGAAGAGAGGAUUUGUAUGGAAAACAUUCUGAGCGGAAACCCUCUCCUUAAUCUCACUGGCCCAUCCCAGCCUCAGGCCAACUUCAAAGUUAAAAGAAGGUGGGAUGAUGAUGUUGUCUUCAAGAACUGUGCAAAAGGUGUAGAUGACCAGAAGAAAGACAAAAGAUUUGUAAAUGACACACUGCGAUCUGAAUUUCACAAAAAGUUCAUGGAGAAAUAUAUUAAGUAGUACAGUUUUAUGUGCUUAAUUAAAGACUGUAAAACGUAAAGGAUCAUUCUGACUUUUUUUUAAUGAGUUUUUUUUUCUUUUCCCCUGUCUAAAUUGUGUGUGGGCUUCCCCAGUUUUAAACUCCUAUCUUUUUCUUUAGUGAUACCUUACUUGAUAAUGGACUUGGGAAUAGGUUUAACCCAGUUUGCAUUCUCCGAAUGUUUCCAGUGAUAUGUUUUCCUGGGAAAAGCAAAUCUGCCUGUAAUAAAUAUUUUUAAUCUAAAUAACCAAAUCUGGGUGCCCAACUUUUUGUUGGAAUUUAUGCUGCUAGUAAUACAUUCCAUAAUUUCUUUUGAAAAGAAAAAUUACCAUUGUGUAUUGUGCUUGUGCAUUAACUUGCCCUUUUACCCCUGUUUCUCUCACAUUUAAGAUGAGUUAAUUCAUAUUUUCUCUGCAUUUUUUAAAAGAGUAUAAUGAAAGAUGAGAGGGAUUCUAUUUUGGACCAUAUGUUGGUGCGGAGGAGUGUCAUUGACAGUAAGCACCCCAAGCGUGUGUCUGGGAGAGCAUUGGGUAUCACUCACUUCUACAGGUACUUGUUUUUUUUCCUCAUGGCCCAAGAGGAGAGCUCUAUAAGCAUUCUUUUAAAGUGUACGGUACUCACUUGUGUUCUGGAUACUCAACUGCCAUGUUUCUUUUGAAAGAGAUUGAAUAUGCACUCUGACAUGCAUUUAGUGCAAAGCCUGUGAAAGCUUCAAACAAUAUAUAAAAUAAAACCUUUGGAAAUACA